AUGCCUCUUGGAAGACUGCGGCGUGACGUGGUGGGAAGGUGUGAGAAGGACCUGCCCGCCAACCCGGAGAGGUUCAAGGUCUACCCCUGCGUGCUGGGCUCCAGGGGCUUCGCGGCGGGCCGGCACUGCUGGGAGGUGGAGAUCUGCGGACAAGGCGUGCGGGCCAUCGGGGUGGCUAAGGAGUCGGUGCCGAGGGAGACGUGGUUUCCCCUGGCUCCGGAAGCGGGAGUAUGGGCGCUGGGUCAUAGCAAAGACGGGUACAAGGCUCUGACCUCUCCCAGUGUCACCCCCUUGACCCUACGCAGCGCUCUCCAGCGGAUACGGGUCUGCUUGGACUGUCGGGAAGGGAGGGUGGUGUUUUUUGAUGCUCUGAGCAAGGCACAGGUCUUUGCUUUUCUGCGGGCUUCUUUCAAAGGGGAGACAGUCUACCCCUGGUUCUUGGCGAUGGAGGAUGCUCACCUCAAACUCUUUUCCUAA